CCCUCGUAGAGUAGGUUAAUUUCAUUCCAGUAUACGUUGUACAGAGUUUAUAUACGUGACAGAGUGUAUUUGCAAACGAUGAAUGAGAUAUUAGUAUUCUUCUUCCCUACACAGCUCCUCCCCAAUUCUCUUCUUCUCUCUUCUCCUCUACUCUCAGCCUCCCUUCUCUAUCUCUCUUAACUCUUCCUCGGCUCUUCUUCUUCUUCCCUUCUGUCACUCAAUUAUCCCAAUUUCUCCAAUCCGAUCCAACCAUCAUCCUCAUCGCGGACCAAGCCUCAGGGCAAUCUCAUCAUCGACGGCUGCGAUUCGUCCGUUCUUACCAUGGGAUGGUUGAACAAAAUUUUCAACGGUCGCGGAAAGAAAAAUUCAAAGGGAAGUAACCGCGGAAAAUCGUCAGAAGAUAGUGUUUCAGAUGAUCACCGUGAAUCAAUUACGCAGGAUGUACAAUCCGAAAGCGAAUACGGAGAUAUCGAUCAUGCCAUUGCUCUAUCUUUAGCAGAAGAAGAACAAAAAAUAGAAAAGGCAAUUGGUGAUAGUCAUUUCGAAGAAGAUGAGCAGCUCGCGAGGGCUUUGCAAGAAAGUAUGAGCGCCGAGUCUCCUCCUCAUCAAACCAAAAGCGCUUAUCAACCACUCCCGUACUCGCCUCCUCCGGCCAACUUCAGGAUAUGUGCUAGAUGCAAAAAUGAGAUCGGUUACGGAUACUAUCCUAGCUACAUGGAUUUUGCUUGGCAUCCAGAGUGUUUUCGGUGUUACGCUUGUAACAUUCCAAUUUCUGAGAACGAGCCCUGCAUGCACGGGGAUCGCCCGUAUCACAGUUUCUGCUACAGAAAGAAUUUCCCGAAAUGCGAUGUUUGUAAAAACUUUAUACCGGCAAGUAUAAAUGGUCAAAUUGAGUAUAGAGUGCAUCCAUUUUGGCAGCAAAAAUAUUGUCCUUCACAUCAGAAGGAUGGAACUCCGCGAUGUUGCAGCUGCGAGAGAUUGGAGCCGAGGGACACUCAAUAUGUGAACUUAGGUGAUGGGAGAAAAAUAUGCAUGGAGUGUAUGAAUUAUUCGAUAAUGGACAAUGGCGAAUGCAAUCCACUUUAUAUCGAUAUUCGCGAGUUCUUCGAAGGUUUAAAUAUGAAGGUGGAACAGCAAAUUCCAUUGCUUUUAGUCGAGAGACAAGCCCUUAAUGAAGCCUUGGAAGGAGAAAAAAAUGAACAUUAUCACCUCCCAGAAACCAGAGGUCUUUGUCUUGCUGAAGAACGGAUGGUUCGAACUAUUUUAAAAGGGCCGAUAAUCGGGCCCGGAAACAAAAUCGUAGACAUGAUCACUGGUCCACAGCAACUGAUUCGGCGUUGUGAGGUUACAGCCAUUCUAAUUUUGUUCGGGCUACCAAGAUUACUCACUGGAUCAAUUUUGGCACAUGAGAUGAUGCAUGCAUGGCUUCGGCUUAAAGGAUACAAAGAUCUUCCUCCCGAGGUCGAAGAAGGCAUAUGCCAGGUUCUGGCUCAUAUGUGGCUCGAGUCAGAGAUCACGUCAGGGUCCGGAAGUAACAUCGCAUCCACAUCAUCAUCAUCAUCAUCAUCAUCGUCAUCGUCAUCGUCAUCGUCAUCCUCAUCAAAGAAAGGCGUGAAGUCGGAGUAUGAGAAGAAACUAGGGGAGCUAUUCAAGAAGUACCAGAUCGAGAUGGAUGAUUCGCCCGUGUACGGAGACGGUUUUCGAGCUGCUAAUCGAGCAGUAGAUGAGUUUGGUCUCAAACGAACCCUCGAUCACAUUAGUAUGACAGGGGCUUUCCCAAGUUGAGUGGCGUUACAAGACGGUACAAACACACAGAGAUCGUACCUGAACUUCAAGAAUUUUGAUUUCAUUGUGUAGUAAAAUGGAGCUUAAUUACUCACUCUAGCUCAAAUUGUGAAACAGUUUUCAAUUUUUUCUUUUUGUUUUUUUUCUUUUGAUUCUCUUGUGUAGGCAGGGUGCGAAUGAUUCAGGCCUACGGCUUACCCAAAACAUAAGUAAUCCUUUCCGGUCCAUGGCGAUUCGCCAGGCCGAUAUCCUGGGCCGGAUUCGAGCCAACCUUUACCCGACCCGAACGCGGCCCCUGCUUCUGCGUAAUAUGUUGUACUAUUUAUGGCCAGGAUUUAGCUAACCUUCAGAUAA